AUGAACGUAAUUGACGAUCUUCCUUUUAUUCAACCCCUCGCAAUCCGACAUGACGACGAAAGCAUAUCAGCAGCCGACUGGCUCUCUCAAAUAACUCUUUGCCUGGCGCCUUUAAUCAUCCACGUUUUUGUUGGAAUCCCCACGGCCGUAUAUCUCUACCGCAAAGAGCCCAGAUGGCAUGACCAACUCGGAUUCUACAACCCGACAACCAUAUUAUGGCGAUAUAUGGCCAUUCUCGAUCGUCGCGUCCGAGCUAAAAAAUGGAAGAGUAUUGAUAUGGGCGCGACUAAUGUCAGGUUCUGGACGCAAAGAGGUUGGGAUGGAAGCGAGGAAAUGAUGGAACUAAGCCGAGAGUUCUGCACCAGGAUACCUCAACGCUCGCACGUAAAACUCGUCAGUAAGACUACAGUUGAGACUGUUAUCAUCUUCAUGCAAGGUGUGCAAGCUGCCAUUGAUAUGGUGAACGGCUCGUCAGGUGGCUGGACGACAAGCAUCGCAACUGUCUUCUACCCAUUAACAUUGUUUGGACUUUUGAGGAUUCCAGCUGCGUUUUGGUUGAGCGACGAAGGAACGUAUACCAGCGUUCACUCCGAAGAAACGGAUCCAGUUUUUAGGGAGCAUGAUGAACAGCUCUUGAUUGUUGAAAGAGUCAUGAGCGAUGGGAACAAAAGUGCCAUUGAGAUGUUAUCGGCAAGAAAAACAGGAUUGACUCUGCAUCCAAUUCAUACCCAACGGUACCAGUCUCAUCCCAGAAACCAUUGGCGCGGUAGGGUUGUUCGAGGACUCUAUCUUGUCUGGCUUUUAUUUCUUGCGGGUCUCUCUCUCAUGUUUUUCUUUCCACGACCGACAAGACGGGGAACGAUAACUUAUUCACUCACAUCGAUCAUCGAGAUUGUUGUCUACGCCUUUCUUACUCUAUCAUCGGCCGCGAUCUUCGCUUUUUACAACUGGAGGCAUAACACGAGUACGACAAUUAUUCCGUGCAUCCAGUCUUUGUGGUAUAAAAUCUAUACCAUCGUACUUUUCUCGCUUAUGCUGGUUUUACUGGUUUUUGCUGCGAUAGAAACACACAAGGAGCCGUGUGGCUUGUAUAGCACAACAAAACGAGGAUUCGCUCAAUGUGAAGACGGUGUCUACUUAUUUCCCUAUGGCCAGGUCGGCGAAAAGACAAAUGGAGAUAGAGUAGUCUGGGCUCAAGGUGCACCAGGAGCUAUGAUAAAUCAAACGACUGUAUCAUCCCAGCUAUUUGGAGGGCUAUAUCGUGGCCGUUCCAAUGAAAACGGCACGAAUAUGACAAUGCAACCCUUUGUGGGGUGGUGUAAAGGGAAUGUUUUGGCGGAGGUGGAUGUAUACUCAAGCGAUGCUGGCGUUGAUAAUUCUACAGAUUGGGUACGGCCAUUUGUGGAAAAUACGAAUAUCAGCGUCAAUAUUACCAUUCCGUCGAAGAAUUUCGAGCUGGGAGUCCCUGUAGAUAGAGGGUUAGAGUUGUAUGGGAUACAGUGA